GUCAAACACACACCCUCUGCUAUAUUUUCUCUCUGAAAGGAGCUGAAAAACACACUCACACUGAAGCGACUACGGUAGCCGAUAACUGGACGGACUCUCUGGCAAUUGACCUUUUGCAGUGGAAUAGCGGAAUAAGUCUUAAACCAUGAGCUCAGUGGCAGUGUUGACCCCGGAGAGCUUUGCGGAGCAUCGCAGUGGCCUCAAGGACCAGGAGAUUACAGGCUGUGUCCCAGAGGAUGAGGCCUACAUCCCCACUUACCUGGAGGCCUUCCCUCCGCUGCCGGAGAAGGGAGCACCAGGGGAAAAGGCCGGGGAGCCGGCUUCAGCAUGGGGCAGCAAGAUCAGGCCCAUCAAAGCCUCUGUCAUCACCCAGGUGUUCCACGUGCCCCUGGAGGAGCGUCGCUACAAGGACAACAGCCAGUUUGGGGAGGGCGAGGAGGCCAAAGUGUGCCUGGACAUCAUGCAGAGGACGGGGGCUCACAUCGAGCUGUCCCUGGCUAAAGACCAGGGCCUGUCCAUCAUGGUCACGGGCAAACUGGACUCUGUCAUGAAGGCUCGCAAGGAAAUUGUGGCUCGCCUGCAGACACAGGCCUCAGCUACGGUCGCCAUCCCCAAGGAGCACCAUCGUUUCGUCAUCGGUAAGAACGGUGAGAAGCUGCAGGAGCUGGAGCUGAAGACGGCCACCAAGAUCGCUAUUCCACGUCCUGACGACCCCAGCGCCAACAUCCGCAUCACCGGCACCAAGGAGGGCAUCGAGAAGGCUCGCCACGAGAUCCUUCUCAUCUCUGCUGAGCAGGACAAGCGUGCGGUGGAGCGUCUGUCCCUGGAGAAGGCCUUCCACCCCUUCAUCGCCGGUGCCCACAACCGGCUGGUGCAGGAGCUGAGCCAGGAGACGGGCGCCCGCAUCAGCAUCCCUCCGCCCAGCUUGCCCAAGGACGAGAUCGUCAUCACCGGGGAGAAGGAGGCUGUCGCCCUGGCAGUCAACCGCAUUCGAGCCAUCUACGACGACAAGAAGAGGAAGACCACCACCAUCUCUGUAGAGGUGAAGAAGUCUCAGCAUAAGUACAUCAUAGGGCCAAAGGGCAACACCCUGCAGGAGAUCCUGGAGGCCACGGGGGUGUCUGUGGAGAUGCCCCCUCUGGACUCCGGCUCAGAGACCAUCAUCCUCAGGGGGGAGCCUGACAAGCUGGGACCAGCACUCACACAGGUCUACGCCAAGGCUAAGAGCGUGAUGGUGGUGGAGGUGACCGCUCCGGCCUGGCUGCAUCGCUUCAUCAUCGGCAAGAAGGGACAGAACAUCGGACGGAUCACACAGCAGCUACCCCGGGUUCACAUCGAGUUUACGGACGGUGAGGAGCGCAUCAGUCUGGAGGGGCCAACAGAGGAGGUAGAGCAGGCUCAGGCCCAGAUACAGGAGAUCAUCAAAGACCUGCUGGUGAGGAUGGACUACACUGAGGUCAUCAUAGACCAGCGUUUCCACAGACACCUCAUCGGAAAGAACGGAGUCAACAUCAAUCGGAUCAAGGAGCAGUACAAAGUGUCAGUACGAAUCCCUCAGGACUCCGAGCGAAGCGGCCUGGUCCGGAUCGAAGGAGACCCUAAAGGAGUCCAGCUGGCACGCAGAGAACUCAUCGAGAUGGUCCAGAGAAUGGAAAACGAACGCACCAAAGACCUGAUCGUGGAGCAGAGGUUCCAUCGGACAAUCAUCGGCCAGAAGGGAGAAAAGAUCAAAGAAGUUCGAGACAAGUUCCCUGAGGUCAUUAUUAACUUCCCUGACCCGUCGCAGAAGAGUGACAUCGUCCAGCUAAGAGGGCCGAAGAACGAGGUGGAGAAAUGUGCCAAGUUCCUCCAGAAAAUCAUUGCCGACCUGAUUGAGAACAGCUUCUCGCUCUCUGUUCCCAUCUUCAAGCAGUUUCACAAAAACAUAAUUGGUAAGGGCGGGGCCAACAUUAAAAAGAUCCGUGAAGAGACCAACACUAAGAUCGACCUCCCGACAGAGAACAGUAACUCAGAGAUGAUCGUCAUCACAGGCAAGAAGAGCAACUGUGAGGCGGCCAGAGACCGAAUCCUCGCCAUCCAGAGAGAACUGGCCAACAUCAAGGAGACAGAGGUCACCAUCCCGGCCAAACUGCACAACUCUCUGAUCGGCUCCAAAGGCUGCCUCGUGCGCUCCAUCAUGGAAGACUGCGGCGGCGUCCACAUCCAUUUCCCCUCCGAGGGCUCCGGCUCGGACAAGGUCACCAUCAGAGGGCCUGCUGGAGAGGUGGAGAAAGCCAAGAAACAGCUGCUGCAGCUGGCUGAGGAAAAGCAAGUCAACAACUUUACAGCUGAGCUGCAGGCAAAACCAGAAUACCAUAAAUUCUUGAUUGGCCGUGGCGGGGCAAAUAUCCGCCGUGUGCGGGACAAAACGGGGGCUCGAAUCAUCUUCCCGUCGCCGGAUGACACAGAGCAGGAACUGAUCACCAUCGUGGGGAAAGAGGAAGCCGUUCGUCAGGCUCAGAAGGAGCUGGAAAGUCUGGUCAAAAACCUGGACGACGUGGUGGAGGACAGCAUGGUCGUGGACGUUCGCCACCACCGCCACUUUGUGUGUCGGAGAGGCCAGGUGCUGCGGGAGCUGGCCGAAGAGUACGGUGGCGUGGCCGUGAGCUUCCCUCGCACCGGAGCCAACAGUCAGCGGGUCACUCUGAAGGGAGCCAAGGACUGCGUGGAGGCUGCGAAGAAACGCAUCCAGGAGAUCAUCGAGGACCUGGAGUCCCAGGUGAGCGUGGAGGUGGCCAUCCCUCAGCGCUGCCACCGCGCCAUCAUGGGGCCUAAAGGCUGCCGCAUCCAGCACAUCACCAGGGAGCACGAGGUUCAAAUCAAGUUCCCCGAGAGAGACGACAGCGCCGCAGGUCAGGAGCCUCCACAGGAGAACGGUGAGGUCAGUCCAGAGGCGGAGUUUGUCCCCCGCAAGAAUGACAUCAUCACCAUCUCUGGGAGGGCAGAAAAGUGUGAGAUGGCUAAAGCCGCCUUGCUGGCGUUGGUGCCCAUAACGGAGGACGUGGAAGUGUCUUACGAGCUGCAUCGCUACAUCAUCGGCCAGAAGGGCAGUGGCAUCAGGAAGAUGAUGGAGGAGUACGAGGUGAACAUCUGGGUGCCGCAGCCCGAGAAGCAGCUGGAUGUGAUCAAGGUGACGGGUCUGGCGGCCAACGUGGAGCGAGCCAAACAGGGUCUGCUGGAGAGGGUCAAAGAACUGCAGGCCGAGCAGGAGGACAGGGCCCUGCGCAGCUUCAAGGUCACCAUGUCCGUGGAUCCAAAGUUUCAUCCCAAGAUCAUCGGCCGCAAGGGAGCAGUCAUCUCUCAGAUCAGAAAAGACCACGACGUCAGCAUCCAGUUCCCCGACAAAGGAGACGAGCAGCAGGAUCUGAUCGUGAUCUCGGGGUACGAGCGUAACGUGGAGGAGGCGCGUCAGUCCAUCCAGCAGCUGGUGGCCGAGUUGCAGGAGAUGGUGAGCCAAGACGUUCACCUGGACCCGAGGACCCACGCUCGCAUCAUCGGAGCCCGCGGCAAAGCCAUCCGCAAGCUGAUGGAGGAGUUCAAGGUGGAUAUCCGGUUCCCUCAGCCAGGUUCUGACGAGCCUGACAAAGUGACUGUGACGGGCCUUCCCGAGACCGUCGACAACGCCAUCGACCACCUGCUCAACUUGGAGGAGGAAUAUUUGCUCAGUGUGACAGAGACGGAGACCUUGGCGGCGUACAUGAAGCCUCCGUCUCGCUACGGAGGGGGAGGGGGCGCAGGAGGCGUGGAUGAUAGCAGCGGGGGUCCGGCUAAGGGCUUUGUGGUGCGGGACGCCCCCUGGAACGCAGCAGGGAACAAGGCUCCUGACAUGAGCAGUGCGGAGGACUUCCCUACGUUUGGGACGGGCGUGGCCCCGAAACAAGCGUCAGCCUGGGGGCCGAAGAAGUUCUGAAGCCGCUCUUCUGGAGGAAAACGAAACAAAAAAAAAAUCCCUCUGUAAAGUAGAUGAUGAGAGACAAAACAAAUCUCUAAUCAAAUUGCUGCUCGCCUUCCUUCCUCCUCCUCCUCC